AUGAGACAUCAGACCCAAGAGGUCCCCGGCAUCGCGGGAAUGGAUGAUAGUUCCCAUUUGCAGGGCGAGCGCAAUACGCUUGAACACCAUCUCCGAGGAUUGAUACUCGGCAACGCUGCCUCUCACGAAGACACACAGCCCGCCCACCCUGGUCUCUCCCCGAACCCUAGACUGCAAGCACCGUUGCAAAACCCGUCCGGUCAGAGCACCGCUUCCCAUACGCAAGCUUCCGGACCCGUUUCUCCGAGAACGCCAAGAAGACGCCCGAACCAAGCUCAGCGGCGACAGAUGAGUGCUCAAUUGACCCUACCGAUCGACACUCGGCCCCCGGUACAUCGCCCCGCGCCAUCCUCAGCGCCCUACACGGCCCGCUCAAAUGCUGAGAAAGAGGCUUUUCGCGUUGUUCUUGAGUCCAUAUGCCGGGAUGUCAUUUCGAAAUUCGAGCGCGAGUGUGGCAAGGCAUCGGAUUUCUCGGAACACUCCGUUCAGCUCAGGUGCUUCGGCAGCCUCUCGUCUGGCUUUGCGACGAAAUCCUCCGACAUGGACCUUGGCCUGCUAUCGCCGAAAUCAUCAGUCCAGCCGUGUGCGCCAGGCUCGCCCAUACCGCGCCUUCUUGAGAAAGCUUUCCUAGACCUCGGCCUUGGUGCUCGCCUCCUGACGCGCACGAGGGUCCCGAUUAUAAAGAUAUGCGAGAAACCGCCCCCUCAGCUACUAGCUAACUUGCGGAAUGAGCGGGAGAAAUGGGAGAGUGGGCUAGACAAUGCGGAUAAUGCUGAUCUACCCGAUGACGUGCAAGAAGAGACCGAGAGCGGAAUGGCUUUGGGAAUUUCGAAAAUCGCACCUCAGUUCACGCAGUUGCGAGAUGUUCCCUCCUACGAUCCUUCAGAGUCGCACAAGCUCUCGCAAAUACAGGAUAUAUCCGACCCUGUACUUAUUCCAGACCGGGCUUCAGUCCCACUCCACCAGGGGGAAGCACAAUCUCUCUCAGCUUAUUAUUCAUCUGCGAAGCGUGUCCUAAGAAGGCUAGGUGGCUAUGACCUAUCCAUCUCAAACUCAAAAAUCCUUACCGAUAAGAAUUGUGAGGUCCUCGACACGGUAUGCUCUUCUUUCGUCGCAGGGCUCCGCGACCCAGCCCUGCGAAAUCGACUAGGGAGAGAACAACCUCUCCAAGUUCACCCACCAUCAGAACGACAACAAAAUGCACGUAGCCUUCUUGCCCUAUAUAUUUGCGCGGAAGGUGAAGCAAUGCUCAUAGGGUGGGAACGUCGCAGAUUCAGGGAGAGGGUGGAGGAGCGGGAACAAAGUCUGAUCGGCGUCGUGCAAACUUGGCAGACUCUGCGCCAAAAAGCUGUGUUUGGUGCCAAUUUGGCCCAUCACACGAAGGAAUUGCAAUCAUCCCUCGAGAAAAUGAAGAAGUUCGCAUCUAUGCAACUGAUUCUUUUAGAACAAGGGCAAUACGAGUCGGCAAACCACUACUCGGACCGAACCCUGAAGUUGCUUGCUGAGCUCUCUCCGCAGCAGCCCGACACUGAUGCGGAUUUGAGACGACACGUAAUUGAAAAAUAUGUCACCGGCAUACAGAACUGCGAUAUCCGCCAGGCAGUUGCGGAAUUCUCGGCUGGCUUGAGAGGAAACCCCUCUCUCCGUGGCACUUUUCUCAGGCACAAGACGCUCCAGCUAGCUCGAGAGUUUGAGAGGGCUUUAGUAAAAGGUCUAUACCCCGACACGGAAAAAGAGAACAUCGAGAAGUAUAUGCUGCUACUCCGUGGGCCCUUGAAGUCAGUUUCAUUUGGAGGUACAGAAGAGCUGUGGGUCGUACCGGUCACCAAUGAGUCGGCGUCGGUCCUCGCCGCCAUUCGGGAGCUCCCUGACCCAGCCAUCCUCGCGCCGAAUAGGCCGAAGGAUCCUUACAACGACAAGCUAGAGUUUCCCAAGGCCGGGGUCGGCGUGCAGUGCGAUAUUAACUUCGCUGCCCAUCUUGCGCUCCAGAAUACGCUCCUGCUCCGAUGUUACUCUCAUACAGAUGCCAGGCCUAUGGCAUCGGAAUCGGGAGCCAAAUGUGAUGCGCAAGGCCUCGCAGACUUCGCAAUGGGAUUCAGCAUCGGGGCCAAUUGGAACGGACCCCUUGACAAUCUCAUCUUUGAAAAUGGAGAAAAGUUGUACCGCACUAUUCACGUGGCCGAAUGGUCAUAA